AUGAAGCUCUUACUGAUCAUUGCAAUACUGCUGUUCCAGAAACCCACAGUAACUGAACAACUUAAAAAGUGUUGGGGUAACUAUGUACAAGGAAACUGCAGGAAAAUCUGCAAAAUAACUGAAGUACGUGAGGUACUAUGUCAAAAUGGGAGAUAUUGUUGCCUCAGUAUCAGGGAACUGGAAGCACGUAAAAAAAUUACAAGGCCACCUCGUCCAAAGCCACUAACAUAUGCGCUGACUCUUCCUCAAGACUAUUAUCCAGUGAUUGAAACUUCCUCAAACCCCAAGAUAAAUUCUACAUAA